CGUCUGUCCGCGUGGGGACGCCUUUGCCCUGCCUUUCUGAGUUGGCCAGGCCCAGGGGUGGGGAGUUCCAGGAGCACUGGGAUAAUCAAGCAAAAGAAAGAUGAGCUUCAUCUAUGGAUUGCAGUCUGCUACUAGAAACUGUGUUUCCUUCCGAUUUAAUUUAUGGACCAACUGGAGAAAAUGUAACACAACAGCUAUAACCUCACUGGACUGUCAUCAAGUACAACUUAACCACAUAGUAAAGAAUAUUGAAUGCAAACUGGGAGUAAAUCGGUGUAAUAGGGUGACUUCUCUGCCUGGAAACUCACAUUUGUAUAGAACUUUUAAUAACAAAAGGGCAGGAUACCUCUCGAGUCUUAAAAGCAAGGACAGUACAUGUACAGCAUGGUGUGACUCUUUUCCAAGACAGAAACUGAUAGUAGAAGUUGCAGUAGUUCCCGCUCUUUCAGUAUUGCAUCCUCUAAACCGCUUUUCCAUAAGAGACAUCAGGAGUUUCCACACUUCUCCACGGUGGCAAGCUGCUCCCAUCCCUCUCUUAUGGAUAAUUCUUAAACCAGUGCAGAAACUACUUGCAAUCAUUGUUGGCAGCAUGCGGAAAAUAGCUAGAUUAGCUCUCAGUUUAACCACUGUCGAAGAAAACCAAAACUCGGCCAUAGUUAAAGCAGGGCUGUCUUGUUGGGAGCUAUAUAUUGUGAUAGAAUCCAGGACUCUUCCUCCCAACAAGAAGGAACACUUUAAAAAAAGUGUAAGGGAGAACAAAUGGAAGUUACUCCUGGGGUUGAGUACUUUUGGAUUUCUCUUCGUAGUGUUUUAUUUCACUCACCUGGAAGUGAGUCCAAUCACAGGAAGGACCAAGCUACUGCUGUUGGGGAAAGAGCAUUUCAGUCUUUUAGCAGAACUGGAAUAUGAAGCAUACAUGGAAGAAUUUAAAAAUGAUAUGCUAACUGAGAAAGAUGCCCAGUACCUGAACAUUAAAGAAGUGUUUUAUCAUUUAAUUGAAUGCAAUAAAGAUAUCCCAGGGAUCUCCGAGAUCAAGUGGAUCAUUCAUGUGGUUGAUUCUCCAGAUAUAAAUGCCUUUGUGCUUCCGAAUGGACAUGUGUUUGUCUUCACUGGGCUUUGCAAUGCUGUGGCUAAUGUGCACCAACUUGCCUUCAUUCUGGGCCAUGAAAUAGCACAUGCAGUACUUGAGCAUGCUGCAGAAAAGGCCAGCGUGGUUCAUUUAUUGGAUUUCCUAGGUCUAAUUUUCCUCACAAUGAUUUGGGCUGUUUGUCCUCGAGAUAGCUUGGCAAUUGUGGGCCAGUGGUUGCAGUCUACAUUAAAAGAGUAUUUGUUCAGUAGACCAUACAGUAGAACACUGGAGGCUGAAGCUGACAAAAUUGGACUACGGCUUGCUGCAAAGGCUUGUGUGGACGUCAGAUCCAGUUCAGUGUUUUGGCAGCAGCUGGAACUUGCAGAUACCCUCUUUGGUCACCCCAACGUGCCAGAAUGGUUAUCCACACACCCUUCUCAUGGAAACCGAGUUGAGCAAUUGGAUAGACUCAUACCCGAGGCUCUCGAAAUUAGAGAGACCUGCAAUUGCCCACCACUUUCUGAACCAGACCCUCGAUUAGUGUUCAAACUCGCCAUGAAGGAUUUUCUUAAAGAAUCAGAGAAAAAGGACCUAAAUACCACUGCUGAGAAACAGAAAGUGGAUCCUCUUCCCAUUGGAAAACAGAAGCAAACAUCAGGAGCAUAAAUAAUUAAGAAAGAACUAGCAGUUGAAUUGAAAUAUGUGAGACAACGGAUAUAUGAAGAAUAUAGCAAUCCUUAUCAGUUUACGUUACUUUAGGAAAAUGUUUGAAAUGAAAAAAAUGAUAUUCACCGUCAAAUCAUGUAUAUUACAGGUAUUACCUAAAUUCUUCUAGAUAUUUUUCAUGAAAUAUUGAUGUAUUCUAAUUUAUUUUAAAAUAUGUCGAAGAAUAAAUUUAUAUUACACAUUUUA